CCUGGAAAAAUCUUUGUUUUCCUACAGAUGAAGGAGGCAUAGGCAUAAGAAGAAUAGAAGAUAUCAGUGAAGUAUUAGCCACCAAAAGAUGGAGAUUUAGAGCUAUUCCUUCUCUAUUGGCCAACUUCAUCAAACACAAGUAUUGCAUUAGAGCUCACCCUACUACUAAACAAUGGGCUUCUGGGAACUCACAUUCUUGGAAACAUAUGAUCCAGGUUAGAAAGAAUGCAGAAAAUCACAUGGUAUGGCAUGUUAAUUCAGGUGAUUGUAGCUUUUGGUGGGAUAAUUGGACUCAUAAAGGUUCUCUAGCAGCCCUAGUCCCCGUGACUAACAAAAGCCCCAAGAUUCUAGUCAAGGAUUUCAUACAAAACGGGGAGUGGAAUAUUCACAAACUUAAGAGCAUUCUACCAGAAUCUUUGGUGCAGCAUAUUAUUGAAAUUCACAUUGGGAAGAGGACAAUUCUAGACAAAAUUUGUUGGGAUUUGUCAGAGGAUGGAAACUACUCCAACAAAACAGCUCUUGAAAUGAUCAGAACUAGCAAACCUAAAGAACUAAUCUUAAGCAAGGUUAAGGCCUUGAACGAUGUACAUAAACUUGUGCUACAAAUCACUCUAAGUAUCAUGCUGGACUAUUCGGAAAGAAAUAUGCUCGUGUAAAUAUGGCAACCAAAAGAAGUUCAACUUAUUCAAAAUGGGCCAACAAGUUUGCCGGAUAGUUGGAGCAGCUAUAUCCAAAGCCUUUCCGAACUGCAAACUCUCUCUUCCCUGGAAUAAUCUUUAUGACAACCUAAUGAAGCUACAUCCUAUCCCAAGGAUUACCAUAGUUCUCUGGAACAAACCUGGAGUAGGCACUUUCAAGCUAAAAAUUGAUGGCAGCUUUCUAAAGGCGAAUAACAUGGCUAGAAUGAGAGGGAUUCUAAGAAAUGAUGAUGGCGACAUAGUUAUGGAUUUCUCUAUCCCUACUCAGUGCAGUAGCAACAACUAUGUAGAAGCUCUGGCAGCUUGGUUUGGAGUAAAAUGGUGUGUUGAACAUGGUUACACAAAUUUUACUCUAGAAUUAGACUCUAUGAUUGUGACUAAUAUGCUGAAGGAGAAGAGAGCUCAUAACUACAAGAUGAACAACAUUAUAGAGUACACUUUUCAGAUGUUGGAGCAGGCUAAUGUUAAUAUUAUACAUUGCUAUAGGGAGGCCAAUCAAGUUACGGAUUCCCUUGCUAAACUUGUUGCUGCAUCAACAAAGGAAUCCUGUUACUUCUCCUUCCAACAGCUUCCAAAAAAUGUCAAAGGACCAUAUCAAUUAGACAAAUACCAAAUGCCUAGCAUCAGAACUAAGUAUGAUAAGGCAAAAUUUUUUGUUAGUUAGGAUCUUUAUUUUGGACUGGGUAAGAGAUGCAACAAAAUCCCCCUUCCCAGUUUUCUGAAGGAUAACCUUUUAUCCUUGUGUUGUAUUUUGGAGGUCAAGGAUAUAUCCCCCUCUUGUAUUCCUUGCUUUAUUGAAAUACAACUCCACGGCUAACCUGAA